AUGGAUCCCAAGAAGAUCCGCGACACACUGCCCUUUGACAAAGCCCGGGAUUAUUAUCCCCAAGGGUUCCCUCUUGACUAUGACGGGCAAUAUACUCCGGUUACUCCGCUGGACGAACGCUGUGACGAGAACCCCCCAGCUCAGGCAACAAAGAUUUACCAGCAGCGGUCCACAGAAUCGACAUCCGAGCAGCGGUCCACAGAGUUGAUAUCCGAGCAGCGGUCCACAGAGUUGAUAUCUGAGCCGCGGUCUACAGAGUCGACAUCCGAGCCGAGAGACAGGACCGAUGAAAAUAUCGAUGAUAGCACAGAUGGUACGAAUUUCAAGAAGAUCCGCGAUACACUGCCCUUUGAGAAAGCCCGGCAUUAUUAUCCCCAUGGGUUCCCCCUUAACUUUACUGGGCAAUACACUCCGGUGGACAAACGCUGGUACGAGAACCUCCAAGCUCGGGUAACUGAGCGGUCCUCAGAGUCGGCAUCCGAGCGGAAAGACAGGAUCAAUCAAAAUUUCUAUGCUGGCACAGAGGGGCUGGUUAAGGAUAUAGGGCAGGUGAUACGCGACCACGACCGUCGCUUCUCCGACAACAAGGUUGGCGUUAUAGGACAGGGUCGAGAGAAAUUCCAAACUUCGUCUACUGAUGAGGUGGGAAGCAAUGGCAAGGUACAGCCGCCAUUCUUGACUGUGGCAGAGUCUAACAGUAUCGAAGACCAGGCUCACGCCGAGCCUCUUCUCAAUAUGGCAUUUGCAACACUGCUGACCCACAAGAAGGAGAAAGAGUCAGACGCUCAUGGGAAGAGUGGUGAGCGAAGCGAUUUUGUUGCCGCCGACCCUGCAUGGAUCGACAAGAGCGAGGAGGGUAACAAGAGCUUCUUUGAUGCACCCAAAGCCAUGGCACCCAAAACUGGGGCACCCAAGAAGAAGAAGAAGAAGGUAGUUAGGAGACCAUUUCUCAGCUACUGA